ACCUUCCACUACCCCGGAAGUACCGGCGACAGACAGCCGUAAACCCGGCGCAGAAGCAGGUGGAAGUGAUUUCGCAGGCGGUGAAAAAUAAGAAUCGCACUAAAACUUUACUGUAACAGAAACACUGGACAAGCUCCCCUUGCCUUUUUUCUAGAAUAUCUUAGAGCUGAAUGGAGGCAGGCAUAAAUACACAGCCCAGCUAGUGAAGCCCGUUAAAGGUUCAGUGAUGCCUGUGAAAAAGAAGAGAAAACUCCCUGAUGCAGAUGAUCAUGAGCAGAAGUGUAAAAUUACAAGUUUCACUCGACCUCAGAUCCGUGGUGCGAGGCCGAUCAGUGGUGAGAAAGUUUUCUCCAGUAAGAAGUGCCUAGCCUGGUUCCACGAGUACGCCGGCAUUGACAAGAUUGUCGGUCCAGAGGCCAUGGAGAAAUUCUGUGAAGACAUUGGUGUAAAACCAGAGAACAUUAUCAUGUUAGUCUUAGCGUGGCAUCUAGAAGCAGCAAGUAUGGGCUUCUUCACCAAAGAAGAAUGGCUCAGGGGAAUGACAGUAUUACAGUGUGACAGCACAGAGCGGUUACGGAGCAAACUGGAUUACUUGCGCGGUGAACUCAACGACUCUGUGGUCUUCAAAAAUGUCUACAGAUACGCCUUCGACUUUUCCAGAGAUAAGGACCAGAGGAGUUUGGACAUGGAUACGGCAAAAUCCAUGCUGGCUUUACUGCUGGGCAGAACGUGGCCUCUCUUCCCAGUCUUUCACCAAUUCCUGGAGCAGUCCAAGUACAAGGGGAUGAAUAAGGACCAGUGGUACAACGUUCUGGAGUUCAGCAGAACCAUCACAACAGACCUCAGUAACUACGAUGAAGAUGGAGCUUGGCCAGUGCUGCUGGACGAGUUUGUGGAAUGGCUAAAAACGCGGUCGGCGUUUGAGCAGAGAACGUCGCAACACCAGACAUGAGAAGGAAGGAGAGAAAAAGGGAAAAUGACGCUCACACACACACACGGACUACAGACCCAUCCCAUCAGACGUCGUUUCUAUGCAUCUGAGCACGUCGGCCAACUGUUGUCAGGAGGCUUUUCUCUCACCAACUGGAAUUUAUUUUUAAAAAAUUGUUUUAAUUUGCAGUUAAGAGUCACAGAGAGGAAGUGUUUCUAGGGAAAAAGGAAAUUGGAAAAAAAAGGACUGAGAGAAAGACGGAGCUCUGGAAUCUGUUGUCUUGAUAAUUACCCCCCCACCACCACCAUUUUGUGUAUUGUUUAUUGAUGUUUCACAGUAAUAAUAAAGAAAAAUUGAAAUGUAA